CACUACGUGCGGUUCUCCCACAUAUCAUGACCAUUAGAGCUCCUAGAUUAUUCCAGGCAGCUCUAUGGCUUCCAUGUUUGCUUAUUCUCUCGCUCUUCAUUACAUUCACUUGUGCUUUAUCACCAAGGAAACCGAGGCUCAGUGUGCUAGGACACAAUAAAGAAAGAAAUAGAAUAUAUAGCCCAUCUCUAAUUGCAUCAGAUUCAAACAAUAAUGAUUAUCAAACGUUCUAUUAUGACCAAACGCUCGAUCACUUCAACUAUCAGCCCGUAAGCUACACCACUUUCCAGCAAAGAUAUGUUGUGAAUUUUAAGCAUUGGCGUGGUGCCCGGACGGGUGCUCCCAUAUUUGCAUAUAUGGGAGAGGAGUCUUCCCUGGAUGAUGAUGUUGGUACUAUAGGAUUCAUGCCUGAGAAUUCUCGCAGGUUUGGUGCUUUGGAGCUGUACAUAGAGCAUCGCUACUAUGGUAAAUCUAUCCCACAUGGAUUUACAGGAGAGGAAUCAUUGGAAAAUGCUACCAUUCGUGGGUACUUGAACUCAGCUCAAGCUAUCGCAGAUUAUGCAGAAAUAAUUAUUUACUUGAAGAAAAAUUUAUCAGCCGAUUCCUCUCCAGUUAUAGUCGUUGGAGGAUCUUAUGGUGGAAUGCUUGCAGCAUGGUUCCGCCUAAAGUAUCCUCAUAUUGCAAUGGGGGCAUUAGCCUCUUCAGCACCCAUUCUUUACUUUGAUGACAUUGUGCCACAAAAUUCAUAUGAUGUCGUUGUUACCAAGGACUUUCAGGAUGUUAGUCGGAGCUGCUAUGAUACCGUGAAGCGUUCCUGGCCUGAGAUCGAUAGAGUAGCUGCUAAACCCAAUGGUCUUUCCGAACUCAGCAAGAAAUUCAAAACUUGCAAGCCAAUCAAGAAGGCAUCUGAAUUAAAGGAUUACUUAGAAUAUUUGUAUUCAGUCGUGGCUCAAUAUGAUAGUCCUCCAGACCAUCCAGUGACUACUGUCUGCAAAGGUAUCGACGGAGGAGCUAAUGGAACCGACAUUCUUGGCCGAAUUUUCUCCGGAGUUAUUGCUUAUUACGGGGAAAGUAGAAAGUGUUAUGAUUUAAAUGAUUUCUUUUCAACAGAUAAACUGAGUGCGUGGGAUUGGCAGACAUGUAGCGAAUUGGUCUCGCCGUUUGGGAGAGGCAAUGAAACCAUGUUUCAAGCAUCACCAUUUGAUUACAAUGAAUAUAAGGACUCCUGCAUGAAGAAAUUUGGAGUCGAACCUAGGCCCCAUUGGGCCACUGCUUAUUAUGGUGGUCAACAUAUAAAAAUGAUUCUCAAGAGGUUUGGUAGCAACAUCAUCUUCACCAAUGGCCUCCGUGACCCUUAUAGUAAUUCAGGGGUGUUGGAAAACAUAUCAGACACCAUACUUGCCGUGUAUACAAAAGAAGGGUCUCAUUGCCUUGACAUAGUGCCUGCAACGGCAGACGACCCAAAGUGGCUUACCGCACAACGAAAUAAAACAGUCAAGGUAAUCAAAUGGUGGUUUCACAAGUACUACAAUGAUUUGCGUGGGUUUGCAUAGAAGUUCACACAUAAUGGUAUUCAUAUGAAUUAUGAAGUUGACACAAAAAAUCAGAUUCUGCUUUUAGUGUGGACCAAAGAUUAACCGCAGCAUUACAGACUUGUGUAAUGAAGAAAAGAUUUUUUUUUUUUUUUAGAAACCAAUGAAGACAAGAUUUAAAUGCGUAUUUAGAGUAAAAAUAAAAGGGUGUAUUAUGUCUCUCUCUCUCUCU